AGUUGGCGCGAGCGAGCGACGUUUGAACGUCGAGCAUUGCCUCUAAUUACCUCGAGAGCAUGCCGGCGUUACUCCUAACCUGUAUUGGGAGUCCGUUUACCUGCGCGAAGGUGCAUUCCAAUCGUUCGUAAACAAUGUUACCCCUGACUCUGCUGAAAACGGCGCAGAACCAUCCCAUGCUGGUGGAACUGAAGAAUGGGGAGACUUACAACGGUCACUUGGUUAGCUGCGAUAACUGGAUGAACAUAAACCUCAGGGAGGUUAUAUGCACUUCAAGGGAUGGCGAUAAAUUCUGGAAGAUGCCAGAGUGCUACGUAAGAGGCAGUACGAUAAAGUAUCUGAGAAUACCUGACGAAGUGAUAGACAUGGUGAAGGAGGAUAUACAGAUGAAAUCCCGGGGACGCGGCGAGAUGAAAGGACGGGGCCAGGGCCAGAGGGGACGAGGCGGUGGAAGAGGUACUUUCGGCAGGGGAGGAAGAGGUCCAGCACCGUUGGGACGCGGUGGUGGCACGCAAGUCGGGAACAAAGCACAGAAUAAACCAAGGCCUAAAUAAAACCAAAUACUAUUUUUAUUUCAUCGUUUCAUCCCGUGCGAUUACCUCGAUUACUGGCACUCUCAGCGAGUUUCAUUCUUGAUUUAUAUAAUCCUGUAUGUGGAAGUAUCUUGUACCUGAGAGUUCGAUUUAGGAUUUAGGAAUUACAAAAGCAUGUAAUGCUGAAUAACAUUGAUUUGAUGGUACAAUUGUACGCUGCAUUAGCUACGUAGAAUCAAACAUGAUUGCAUGUUGCACAUUUACAUAUUUUUCUUGUAUUGCACAUUUAAAAAUCUGCGAAUACCUUCUUUUGUAAUUCCCUUCUACAAACUGCAGUAAUUAGAGAUCACGAAAGCAUGUUUUGAAUUAUUUGUGAUAAUAGGAUUUAGGAAAAAGAGGAGAGAGGCAAAGUAAAAGCGCCCGUUUCACAAUGAAUUUGAAAAAAGGAACAAUAAAUUGUUUACAGAAUAAGUUCAAUUGAUCGACUUUUUGCUGUUCUUUAAAUAAAAAUUAUUAAUUUAA